UUAUGACCAUUCACUGAAAACACUAUAAAUAAGCAGAACGAUGGCAAGUAGACAUCAUUCAGACUGUCCUACUCAGAAGCUCAGAUCUAACGUCUCCUUGGACCCUGUACACAUACAAAGAGGACAUGUUUGCGCUGCUGGCCUUGUGUCUUCUGUGCUCCACCGCCUGGGCUCAGCGCCGGUCGGAUCGGUACUCUUUCUCCGAAACCGUUGCCAGCGGCACCGGAGCCCGGUAUGCCACAUCCGGUACGGACCGCAUCACCGCUGUUAGGAUGUGGGAGCGGAAUAACAACUUGGUCACUGGGUUUCAGCUGAGGCGUGGCUCUGCCUGGACUCCUCGGGUCGGCCGCAACACCACCGAGCUUGUGGAGAUGUCUCUCUCCAAGGGCGAGGCCAUCGUGCAGGUGUCGGGGAAGUACAACCCCGGCAACUUCAUCUACCUACUGCAGUUUGUGACCAACAGGGGCCGUGUCCUGGCCGCGGGUCAACCUCUGGGCCUGUCCUUCAGCCACUACGGCACCAAGCGUGACAGCGAGCUGAGGAGCCUCAGCGGGCGAGUCAACAGCGUGGGCAUCACCUCCCUCGGUGCCCACUUUGCCAGUGAGGAAGAUAUGGGGUAUAUGAGGCAUGGCAACACCACCAUGAUGCCUCUUCAGUAGGGGCCACCCUCGAUUCUCAUAUCAACCUCAACUCUUACAUACUCAUCAAUGCCUUUCAUUCUGAUGCAACAUCUUUAAUUUAAUAAUUUAAUCAUUUUAAGUCUGCCAAAAUUAGUGUUUUGUAUUUUGAAUAAACUUUUGAGAAAAUUACAUCUA